AAAGAGUUACAUUAUAUAUAAAGCCCUCAUAGGGACAUACCACAAAUGAGCAGUAACUUGGGAAACAAUUGAGGCAAUAUCAUGUCUUCUUCUACAAAACCUGUAACUCUGGCAAUAUUAUUGGCCUUUUUGCCCGUUCUCUUCAGCGUUGCCCACUCCUCUUCAUGUAGUCUUCAUUUCUCUGAAAUGGCCAAGACUAUAAACAUCACGCAAUGCAAGAAAUUGGCGACAUUAGGAGCAGAAUUUGGGUGGAGCGUCUCCAGCGCCAACCACAGCGAGACGCGGAUUGAGAUAAUCUUAGGAGCCAGUUUACACAGUGAAACGGGAUGGCUGGCCUGGGGGGUCAAUCCGGGGAAGAUGCCACAGAUGGUUGGAACUAGGGCCAUCAUAGGCAUCAGACAGCAAAACGAAUCCUUAGUAAUCAAUACCUAUAACAUCACCAGAGAUACCAAGCUCGGUUGCCAGCUCCUGCCUACAGAGAACAUGCAGGACGUUAAAUUCUCAAGGAUGGGAGUAAAUUACAUUGGAGAAAGGCGCUACAUGAUCAUAAAUGCAACGCUAUAUCUUCCUCUUCGGGACUACAACGUUUCAAAGUUGAGCCACGUGUGGCAAGUUGGGCAUCAUGCUGAAGGCUGGCAGCCUAUGAUGCAUGCCGCGUCUCUUCAGAAUGUGGACAGCACCGAGACUCUAGACAUGAACAACGGGAAUGCACAGAGCGUUGGACAACACCGGCAUCACCUUAGACAUGUGCAUGGGAUUCUGAACAUCGUCGGGUGGGGAGUAAUGUUGCCCAUUGGUGUGAUUGUCGCAAGGUACUGCAGGAUAUAUCCCUUUAAGAUUAAUGGAGAGGAAACGUGGUUUUAUAUUCACGUUUCGUGUCAGAUAGCCGGCUAUGUUAUUGGCACCACAGCCUGGGGCAUUGGUUUAGGGCUUGGGCAUACUUCAAGAUACUAUAUCUUUCGCACCCACCGGCUUCUUGGUAUAUCCAUAUUCACGUUCGCAACUUUACAAAUUUUGGCGCUCCGUUUAAAACCGAAGCCGGACGAUGAUUACCGCAAGCACUGGAACAUGUACCAUCAUCUUCUUGGCUAUUUACUGCUCGCUGGGAUUUCUGUGAACAUAUUCCAAGGGAUCAACAUUUUGGACCAUGACGGAACUUGGAAAUGGGCUUACAUCGGAGUGCUUGUAGCUUUUGCAGCCAUUACAUUGGGGUUGGAGAUUUACACUUGGAACAAAUUUAUAUCAGAUCGUCGCCCGCCCGGCGCCAAAAAGGGAAUUCAAGGAAACGUCGGUGCAUGACACGACUUCAAAAACAAAAGUCGGUAGUAGUAGUACUCCACCUGCCCCUGCUAUUUGAACUUAGACCAAAUCAUCACAUCAACUAAUUGGAAACCAGAAGCACAAAUUAACAUGAUGAUUGUGCGAGAACAUCAUGACUGCUGAUGUUUUAGUGGUCAUUUUAAAAAAAGUUUUCUAGGGUGUGUAUGUUCAUGCAUUUUCAUGCAGUUUCCGUUGGGAAAAUAAUAAAAUAUUGUUUUUUAAUUACAUUUUGUUCAGGGUGUGUCGACUGCUGGCCAAUAAAUGGUCUUUUUUUCUUUUGGGGUUAUAUCUUGUACAGUUAGAUAACCGGUACUUGAUCUGAUCGUUUAUUCUGAUUUCUUGUCCAUUAAACAGUGCCCGUACGUGUAAUGUUGACUUAAGAUUUUUGGUUUUAUUUCUUAGAUAAUCAAGAUGAAAACUGCUAUUUGUGCUUA